UUUAACAAUAACACACCCGAAGGCGAUCAGACUGAGACCACGCAAAAGAAACACAAAUCGGUGAUUUACGUGAACGAUGAUUUGAAAACUGAAGUGGAAGAUUCGAUCACAAUCAAGGAACAAAUCGAUGAAUACAUGACUCUCGAUUCGAUUGAAAACAGUCACGUUAUUAACGUUAUUUUCAAAAACACAUUCUCGCUUGCGAGCCAAAUCCUUGAAGAUGUGCGGACUUGUAACGAGUAUUACUCGGACUGUUCCGAUGAUUUUCCGCUCGGGAUGGAAGCAGAUAUGUUAAAGUACUAUUUAGAACAGCGAAGAUUAUCGAACAAUUCGAAAAGCGAUUUCAAUCAUCAAGGGGAGACGCCACGAGUCAACACUCCGGCAAAUAUCGACGAAGGGAUGGUCUCACCGAAGCGCAAAGUCGAGCAUUUCCAACACCUCUACAUCGCAAAUAAUGUGAAAACGGCCACUUUCAACGAACAAACCGACAAAAACAACAUUAUCAGUAAUAAAAAUAACUUAAACAAUGAGUAUAAGAAUAAUAUGGUCCCGGAACGGGACACCGAUUCGAAGACUACCCCUGAAGUUGGGCUAAAUCUCUCGCCUCAAGGGACCUCGAACUCGCGACAGCACCACCAUGUGACAAUCCAGGAGCUCCGCUUACAACAGCAACAACGAACGCAAAAUUGUAACAGUUCCUCCGACGAAAACCGUUCUUCAGGCCAUGCUAGCAUGUCCGAUAAUGGCACAAGUUCCCCUCGAGGAACAGAUCGUCUAACGGCCGGAGUUAUGCAAAAGUCGCUCAAAAAUCGAGCUUCGGCUCAACACAAUCGGGCAAGACAUCGAGCUACACCAGCCAGGUUGCAUGUUCCCUGGACCGGAAGCGGAGGUCUUGAAGACAUCAAAUUAGCGCUACAACAGCUCACAAUGCGCUCACACACUUCCUCAAGCACUUACUCUAGCAUUAGUGCUGGGUCCGAGAGCUCGGAACCUGCAGUCAGGAGGCUAAUGAGGCACUCCUCUCUCGAGACGAUUAACACAAAUAUUACCAACGCUGAUGAGUUUGUCUGGGUCGAUUCGCAUAAUCGCCUCGUUGAGCUGCAGCACCUACCCUGGACCAACCACUGCAUUUUGCGGGUGUUGCAAACGGGUCGCUUUCGCGACCAUGUCUCCAGAGUCAGUGUUGAGACAAUCCCCAGACUUUCCUACCUGCUUCAACGUGCGUUGGUUCGGAUUGGACGCGAAAUCCAACGCCUGUCGUCAACUUUGGGCAUUUGCACCAAACACGACAUCACUGUCUCCUUCCGAAUCGUGCUUUGCCCCCCGUUGGCAGACUCCUGCAUCAAAGCAUCGCUCCGAGCCGCUGCUAUGCUGGCAAUGUCUGGGGACUGUGCCCUCAAACAGAGCAAAUCGCUAAGGGCUGGUUUGCAAUUCCAUAUCGGGAGGUUCCACCGCUGGAUGACCGACAUCAAACUCGCAAGAUUUGUCCAUGAAUAUGCAGCAGUGUACCUCUGCGCCGGCUUGGAGAACCUCCUCGAGGAGAUCCUCCUCCAGUGUCUCCCAAGCGACUCGGAGGUGACCCUCACGGCCACCCUCCUCGAGCACGCCAUUGCCAACAAUGGAGACCUAUGGGGGCUGCUGCAGCCCUACGCGCACCUCAACGCUGGGAGAAUCGCGUCGGGAGCUUUAGCCCUCCCUCGAUGGGCCUCUAUGUCCAGUAUCGGCUCCGGUCGCGAUUCCCGAACUCCAGAACCCUCACUCAUGACCACUUGUGUCGGGUCUUUGAAAGAGUUGCAAGAUUUGAUCAGUCGGAUGCAACCCCGAGUGCCAUUAUGCCCCAAAGCAAUGCGAACGCUUUUCUACUUUAUGAGGUGUUCGCAACUGGAGCAUGUCGAACAGGGCGCCAGUGCUGUCCAGGAGUUGUGCUAUGAAAGAGCCUAUGUUGUCCUCCCGCCACUUGUGGAGUGGUUGAGGGUUGCGACAGCUCACAGCGAGCACAGAUUCGCGCCCCUUAUCGAUAAAGACGACGUAAUGCAAGCUGCAAGACUCUUGUUACCCGGAGUCGACUGCCCGGUGAGAAAUUUAGGCGAGGAAAUGCUAAGAAUCCGGAAGAACACCGGAAACGAAGACGAUCAUAUUGAAGCUUCGAGGCAGAUUCAGGUCGAACUGGCGUUCCGGUUGUUGUUGACCGGACGUCCGGAGCUGAUACAACAUGCCGUUUCAUUGCUUCCGGUCUCGACAAGACUUGACACUUUGAAUUUGCAAGGACACACAGCGCUGAUGUUGGCUGCGAUCAACGAUGAUGAUAUUGCCUUGACUGCUUUGUUGGACGCUGGGGCUUCCGUCGAUGUGGAAACCCCAAUUACUAACCCCAAUUUUAGCGCAGUGAACGGGGAAACGCAACAUUGGACCGCUUUGACAUACGCUGCCGCAAAAGGACAUGCCCGCUGUUGCAGGAUUUUGCUAGAAAGAGGGGCCAAUGUUGAGGGCGGAGCACGAUUAAGUGAAGAUAAAUGCACCCUAACCCCCCUUCAGGUGGCGUGCGGAACCGGCAAUUCGGAGGUGGUUUCGCUCCUACUGGCCCACGGCGCGCACCCCUUUUUCUCCACCCAAAUCAAAGACUCCCUCUGUUACUCCGCCUCAGCUCAAAGGGGUUGCUACAGCGCAAUUUCCGUAGCUGCAGCCCAUGGCCAAAGAGCAAUCUUGCAGAAACUACUAGCACAACCCUUAAUUCCUGUAAACAAAGAAGUCUUGUCUUUGGAGGAGAUUCUAGCUGAGGGAACCACACCCAACUGUUCCUCUUCAUCAAACUCGACGCCUCACUUUACGAAAACCCAAGUCAAGUCGUUGCAAGAGGCCAUGUAUCACAGCGCCGAGAACAACCACUUGGACAUUACGGUGGAAAUCAGGGCUUUGGGGGUCCCUUGGACCCUCCACUGUUGGAUGCACUCCCUGGGGGCCGCUCAUGAAGCGCGUCUCGACUGCGUCAUCGACCAGCUCUUGCAAGACUUCCUGCAAGUGUGCCCCGACGAUUACAGCUCGCAGUUUGUGCAAGAGUGUCUCCCCCUCUUGUUCAACAUUUUCAGAUACAGCAAAGAAGGGACCACGUUGUUGCUAGCCGAUAUUUUUUCGACUUGCUUUGGCUGGGAGCCGAUCAAACCGAUCAAAAACUGCGUCCCUUCGGCCACUUCGAGCUCGAGAAUUGACCCGAAAUAUGUAAAUAAUCCCGAACUGAGCGAUGUCACGUUCCGAGUGGAGGGCCGCUUGUUUUACGCGCACAAAAUAGUCCUAGUGACUGCCAGCUCAAGACUGAGGUCCAUGUUAAGCUCGAAGCUGUGUGAAGGGGGCUUACCGACCGUUCAAAUCAACGAUAUCAGAUACGACAUCUUCCAGAUUGUGAUGCAGUUUUUGUAUCAAGGGGGUUGCCAAACACUAGAGCCGGCUCAAGACGAUAUUUUGGAGCUAAUGGCAGCGGCGAAUUUUUUCCAGCUUGAUGGUUUAUUGCGAUAUUGCGAAAGUCGGUGUGCUUCUAUGUUGGCGUUAGAUAAUGUUGUUUCAAUGUAUAUUCAUGCUAAAGUGUACAAUGCUGUUCAGUUGUUGGAGUAUUGUCAAGGGUUUUUGUUGCAAAAUAUGGUCGCUUUGCUUACUUACGAUGACUCAGUUAAGAGACUCCUCUUUGCGAAAAAAUUACCGAAUCAUGAUGUUCUCGCAGGAUUGUUGAAUACGCUUCAAAACAGGAUCAAGACACGGAAAACGCAAAAUAAUUUUAAGCUCAAUCAAAAUCUGUGUAAAUAAAUUAUUGUUAUCCCGAUUAGUUAAGAUUAUUUAUAUAUUUAUUAGUGUUGCCUUGUUAUAUCAUAGGAUUUUUAUGUUUAUCGUAAAAUAAACUAGGUACUUGCAAAAA